CGACAGUUUUUGAUCCAUCUCCGCCGGCGAAUGAACAGAGGACAGAGGAUAUAAGCCUAAAUCAGUUCCGGCAAUACACUUAAGCUCGAGCCGUAACUCAUGGCCCAGUUUGGGGGACAGAAGAACCCACCGUGGGCGGCUCAGUUCACUGCCACGGGGGUGUCCCAGCCCAGCCACUCAGGACAGUCCCUGGACCUCAACAGCCUACACUCUCUAGGUGUGCAGCAGCCAUCUCUCCUGGGUGCGUCUCCCUCUAUGUACUCCCAGCAAUCGGCCCUGUCUGCAGCCUCCCUCAACUCCCAGUCGUCCGCCUCCAACUACCAGCUAUCCCAACAAACUGCAGCCCUGCAGCAGCAAGCCGCAGCCGCCGCCGCUGCAGCACUGCAACAGUCUCAAAUCAACUCGGCCUUGCAGCAGUAUCAGCAACAGCAGCAGCAGCAGCAGCAACAACAGCAACAACAGCAACAGCAGCAGCAGCAGCAACAACAGCCUCCUCCUCAGCAGCCUCCUCCUCAGCAGCUCUACAAUGUACCCCAUCAGCAACAUCAACAACAUACAGACUCAUACGGGCAACAUCAACAGCAUACAGACUUAUACGGGCUCCCCCAGCCCCAGCAAGCGCUGCUUUCACAGAACUGGAGUGGUGAAAACAAAUUCCCGCCCCCCGUGGCUCUCCCCACCAGCCUCUCUCUGUCCAACCCCCAGCAGACAGCCCAGAUCACCGUGUCCUACCCCACGCCUCGCUCCAGCCACCAGCAGCAGAGCCAGCAGCAGAGCCAGCCCCAGAAACAGCGCGUCUUCACCGGCGUUGUCAACAAGCUGCAUGACACCUUCGGCUUUGUGGAUGAGGACGUCUUCUUCCAGCUCAGUGCGGUGAAGGGGAAGACCCCCCAGGUGGGUGACAGGGUCCUAGUGGAGGCCGUGUACAACCCCAACAUGCCUUUCAAAUGGAACGCCCAGCGCAUUCAGACCUUACCUCAGCUGGCCAACCAAUCGCUUCAGCAGCAGCCCCAGUCCUUACCUCCAGUUCCCCCACAGCUGAGCAGCUUCUAUGCUGACCAGGGAAUGCAGCAGCGCUACUCAGACAUGCACUCUGUCGGCAUGGACAACAGACAAAAUAGCCAGCCUCCAGGCCCUAAUAUGAUGAAGCCGGGUCCCAACAUGCUCCAGUCUCUGCCUCCCCCCACCAAUUUCAAUGUACAGGCCCAGGGUCCCCCUCCUCCCCUGCUCCAGGCCCAGCUCUCUGCUGCCUCCUUGGCCCCGCUCCUACAUAACCCCCCUCCGCCCCUGCUAUCACAGCCACCACCCAAAGAUGUGUUCUCAGGAGGUCUGCUUCAGCCCCCAGUGAGGAUGAUGCCUCAGCCCGUCCGGCGUCUGGACCCCUCCCCCCGCUUCCCCAACCGUAAUGACCGCCCUGAACUCAUCCUCAGGACCAAGGAUGAACGCAGUCGUGAAAGAGACCGUGAGCGCAGAAGGUCCAGAGAGCGCUCUCCCAUACGUAAACGCUCCAGGGACCGUUCUCCGAGACGUGAUCGCUCCCCACGCCGCCCUCGUAGGGUGGUGCCUCGCUACACCGUCCAGUUCUCCAAGUUCAGCCUGGACGGUUCUAACUGUGACAUGAUGGAGCUGAGGAGACGCUAUCAGAGCCUGUACAUCCCCAGUGACUUCUUUGAUGCUGUGUUCACCUGGGUGGAUGGCUUCCCCCUGCAACGGCCCUUCCAGUUCGGCAACUACUGUAACUUCCACAUCAUGCACAAGGAGGUGGACUCUCUGGUCAAGAACACUGCGGUGCUGGACCCUCCCGAUGCCAACCACACAUACAGUGCUAAGGUGAUGUUGCUGGCCAACCCCAGUCUAGAAGAGCUCUACCAUAAGUCCUGUGCUCUGGCUGAGGACCCUCAAGAACUCAGAGACUCCUUCCAGCACCCCGCCCGCCUCAUCAAGUUCCUGGUGGGGAUGCGGGGUAAGGACGAGGCCAUGGCCAUCGGGGGCCACUGGUCCCCCUCCCUGGAUGGAGCGGAGCCUGAGAAGGACCCGGCCGUGCUCAUAAAGACAGCCAUACGCUGUUGUAAGGCCCUCACAGGCAUAGACCUGAGUCUCUGCACUCAGUGGUAUCGUUUUGCAGAGAUUCGCUAUCAUCGCCCUGAGGAGACUCACAAGGGGCGGACAGUGCCCGCACAUGUGGAGACAGUGGUUUUGUUUCUUCCGGAUGUUUGGCAUUGUCUUCCUACCCGCUCAGAGUGGGAAGGGCUGUCGCGGGGACUUCGGGAGCAGCUGGCUGAGAAGCUGUCCGCGGAGCGGAAGGAGGCUGACGGAGAACAGGAGGAAGAGGAGAAGGAUGAAGAAGAUUCGAAGGAGGUGACCACCCCGACACACUGGACUAAGCUUGAUCCGAAAUCAAUGAAGGUGAAUGACCUGCGCAAAGAGCUAGAGUCACGCUCCCUGAGCUCUAAGGGGUUAAAGUCCCAGCUGAUCGCACGCCUCACCAAGCAGUUGAAAGUGGAGGAGCAGGUAGAGGAGGCCAAGGAGCCUGAGAAACCAGAGAGCCAGGUCCCUGAUGAGGAGGAGCCUCAACACAUGGAGGAAGACAGAGAGGAGGAGGAGAGGAAGAAGCAGGAGGAGUUGGAGCGCCAGCGCAGAGAGAAGCGCUACGUCCUGCCAGACGAGCCCACCAUCAUAGUUCACCCCAACUGGGCGGCCAAGAACGGCAAGUUUGACUGCAGCGUCAUGUCUCUGAGCGUGCUACUGGACUACAGGGUGGAGGACAACAAGGAACACUCCUUCGAGGUUUCUCUGUUUGCGGAGCUGUUUAACGAGAUGCUACAGAGAGACUUUGGCUACAGGAUUUUCAAGGCCCUGGCCUCUGUGCCUUGCAAGGACGACAAGAAAGACAAGAAGGAUAAAGCCAAGAAAGAGGCAGAGAAGAAAGCAGAUGUGAAGAAAGUAAAAGAAGAGGAGAACGGAGAGCCGGUGACAAAGAAGGCAAAAGAGGAGGAACCGGAGAAGAAGGAGGAGGGUGAGAAGGAGGAGGAGAAAGUGCUGAAGGAGGAUUCUAUAGAUGCGGAAGAGAAGGAGGAGGAUGAGAGCAGCAACACUAAUGCUGAGGAGUACGACCCUCUGGAGGCCGAAGAUGCUGAUGAUGAUGAUGAAGAUGAUAAAGACGAUGAGGACUCUAACGGCAGGGACAGGAGAGACGACCGCAGCAGCAGAGACGACAGGAAGUCCAAAGAGCGGUCCUCUAAAGACAAGGAGAAGAAGCAGAUGGUGACCUACAACAAGGACCUGCUUAUGGCCUUUGUCUACUUUGACCAGAGCCACUGUGGCUACCUGCUGGAAAAAGACCUGGAGGACAUCAUGUACACACUGGGGUUACAUCUGUCUAGAGCCCAGGUAAAGAAGUUGUUGAACAAGCCGGUGGUGAGAGAGUCGUGUUACUACCGUAAACUGACGGACGCAGCUAAAGAUGAGUCUGCUCCUUCCUUCAGUGAACCCCUGCUAGACAACCUGCUAGGUAACCGUGCCUUGCUGCCCAUGCUUGUGUCUCGUGGCCAGGCAGCGCCAGUGGAGGCUAGUGAGUCCGGAGGCGGCAGCAGUCUAAUAGUGUAUAAUGGCGCCAUGGUGGACGUGGGCAGCAUCAUGCAGAAACUGGACAAGAGUGAGAAGGCCAGGGAGGAGAUUGAGCAGAAACUCAUGGUGCAGGACUCCAAGAUGGCCGAGGACACCAAGCAAAUCCUCCAGCUGGUAUCAGCUAACCGAGCCCUGUCUAAAGAUCUGGAGGAGGUGAAGGGAACUCUGGGCCAGACAGAGAACAACUUCAGAGCUACGGUGGAAGAGAAGACCGUCUACCACGACCAGCUCAGCAAGACACUCAACAACCUGGGCAACACCAUUAAGGAACUUCAGGGAGUCCUCAAGAAGGAGGUUCCCUCAGAAGCCGCAGCUGACCAAAAAUCCCAAACAACUAAUGGUUCAGACGAAUGAAAGAAUGAGUUGUGUAAUCGGACACACUUCUUACAAAUCCUGUACAUAUGCACUAAAAACAAGUUUCAUUUGGGUCUAUAGUAGUUGUUUUCUCUCUCAUGGCCAUAAAUAGAUUGGCAUUGUGUUUUUGAAUCCCAAAGGGCACCCUAUUCCCUAUAUAGUGCACUACUUUUGAACAGGACACAUUGGGGUCUGGUCAAACGUAGUGCACUAUGUAGGGAAUAGGGUGCCCUUUGGGACAUAAGCGUUCACUUAAUUAGUUCUAAUGUUUUUAAGUGACCUCACUGUUUCCACCUGAAAAUAACAUGUUCAUUUCAUUGGUUUGAAAUCAGUUAGUUUGAUUCUCGGGUUAUUAUGAUGCGUUCUAAUUGUGAAACUAUUAAUAACUGAUAUUUUGUUCAAAAUUGUGUUCGUUUCAUUGAGAAGUGCUUCUUUGCUUACGGUAUACAUUUUUCAUUUUUGUAGCUGCCUCAAUUGCUCAUGAUAAUUGAAAUGUUUUGUUUUAGUCUGCAUUGGUUUACUCGUUCAUAGCCCUACCCAAAUAGUAACACAACAUUGAUGCCAGUAUGUGUGAGUAGUACUUUAUAUCAGAUCAUUCUAAUUAGCAAUAAUGGUGUUAUUUAUGUUCAAGUGAAUUCAUUAAAAAAAAAUAUAUUUAAAAUAAAUAAACAAUGAUAUUUAGAGGGGAGGGAUGAGGACCUUGAAGAAGAUAUGUUUUUGAUGAGUCAACAGAAUGACUCUUCUCCCUGAUCAAUAAAGUAAUUGAUCAUUUUGUAUUUCCUCGUCCUGACUAGACUGGCUGCCACUGUUUUGAGACAUGGGUUGUAUUCAUUAGGGAACACUAACAAAGUAACGGCACAUGAAAAUUAGUGAUUCUUAUUGAACACGUUCAGAUAGUACCUCCCCAUUUUGGCCAGUUUGCUUCCGUUUGGUGCCCAAUGAAUACGACAGUAGUAUUGCAUGCAUCUCCUUAUGAGAAACCUCAGUCUCUUGAGGCCUCUUCCAGUAGCAAGCUUGUUUGAUCCCAGGAGUUGUUCGACCAUGGUAGUCAGUCAGUCGUGUGGUCUAUGUUACAUCUAUCCAGGGUGGGAUUGUUUAGCAUUGAGUUGUUUGUUUAUUGAAAGGGAAGUAAAUGCAAAGCCAAACCAUAAGCUGAAUGUCUCAACUAACAUCAUAGGAACUGGAGCCCUAGGUAUCGUCCUGCCUUUUGACCACAGAUAGAAUGGUUGUGAUUCUAGACUAAAACAACAUGAGAAUACUACUGGAGUUCUGUUGUAGAAUUAUGGAUGUUCUAGAAGUGAUGUUUUCUGUUCUGGGGUUGUUGUAGAACAGUGUGAGGAGUUAUGAUUCUGUCCCUCAAUGGUGGGCACCAGGUGUGAUGGUGUAUGUAUGCAUUUCUGGAUGAGAGCCUAACUUGAGACAUGAGCCCAAAGCAUAUCAUUUUUCUAUUGAAAAUGUACUGUAUGGCUGUCCUGUGCAGAAUUAAAGGAGUCCAUUUUAACAUUU